CUCUCUAAACCUGAAGCAUUCAUGUCCUUCUGACCAUCCAUCCAUCCAUCUGCAUGAACUCAUCAUCAUCCAUCGAUUAAAUACCAAUCAACACGACGACACAAAAAACACAACUUUUUUCACUGUUUUCAUGGCGGCAUCCAUGAACAACUGGUUAGGUUUCUCUCUCUCACCUCAAGAUCAGCAACAAAUCGUCGAUAACUUCAACUCCGAUGACAUCUCCGCCACCGCCGAGUGCUUUGAUCUUCCUUCCAACGCCGCCGUUCACUCCAACAUACCUUCCCUCAACCUCCCACCCCCAUUCGGCUUCCUCGAACCCUAUCAUCAUCAUCAUCAUGAUUGGAAUAUGAAGUCGAGCUCGGAGUUGUCGAUGUUAAUGGGUGGUGGUGGUGGUGGCGGCAGCAACGGUGGUGGUGGUGGUUCAUGCAACGGUGAAAACCCUGAAAUCCAAGCUCCAAAGUUUGAAAACUUUCUUAGUGUUGGAAAUGGCGGAGAUUAUAUGUAUUCUACUACAAACUGUUCUAUGCAACUUCCGCCGCAAGCGGCGGUGACAGACGUUACAACCACCACCAGAGGGAGCAACGCCACCGCCACCACUACCGGCACCGGCAGUAGCAUUGGUCUUUCCAUGAUAAAGAACUGGCUCAGAAACAACCCAGCUCCAUCCCACCAACAAAACAAUACCACCGCCACCACCAGACCGACGGAGAGUCACGAUAAUAACGAUGGUGGGGCGGCGGCGAUGGGUGGUUUUUGUGGUGGUAGAAGCAAUGAGCUUUCACUUUCUAUGAAUAGUUCUUCUUCUGAUAAUAAAAGACAACAAAUGGAGGUGGCAACCACCGUAGAUAGUGAAAAUGGUGGCGGUGGCGGUGGUGGUGCAAUUGAGGCGGUGCCACGGAAAUCCAUUGAUACAUUUGGACAAAGAACUUCUAUUUACCGUGGCGUCACAAGACACAGAUGGACAGGGAGAUACGAAGCUCAUUUAUGGGAUAAUAGUUGCAGGAGAGAAGGACAAGUUCGUAAGGGAAGACAAGUUUAUUUGGGAGGUUAUGAUAAAGAAGAUAAGGCUGCAAGAGCUUAUGAUUUAGCUGCUUUGAAGUAUUGGGGCACCACUACAACUACAAAUUUUCCUAUUAGCAACUACGAGAAGGAGGUCGAGGAGAUGAAACACAUGACGAGACAAGAAUACGUCGCCUCACUUAGAAGAAAAAGUAGCGGUUUUUCAAGAGGUGCUUCCAUGUAUAGAGGUGUGACAAGACACCAUCAACAUGGAAGAUGGCAAGCGAGAAUCGGAAGAGUUGCAGGGAACAAAGAUCUUUACUUGGGAACUUUUGGCACGCAAGAAGAAGCGGCAGAGGCAUACGACAUUGCCGCCAUCAAAUUUCGUGGACUGAAUGCAGUCACGAACUUUGAAAUCAAUAGAUACGACGUUAAAUGCAUCCUUGAGAGCACCACCUUGCCGAUAGGUGGUGCUGCCAAGCGGCUCAAGGAUGCAGAACAAGCAGCUGCUACUGAGCUACUCAGGGUGGCAAAAGAAGACCACUUGACGUCCCAAAUGACGACCCACGAAGGAAUCCACGGUUAUGCUGCCAUGAAUUGGCCAAGCUCCAUCGACUACCACCACCAAACCCUAUCUCAACCACAUGCUCAACCAUUUAGCAUGCACUACCCACAAAACUACACCAAUGGUUCGAGCCAACAACGAUUAUGGUGCAAACAAGAACAACACGAUCCGGACCAUGGUCAAGGUUUUCAAGACCUUCAACAUAUUCAUCAGUUUUUCCAACCUUCACCACCUUCUUCUGUGCUUCAUAACCUAAUGAACUUGGAUUCAUCUUCAAUGGAACAUAGUUAUGAUGGAGGAGGUGAACACCACCAUGCAGUGGUUGGAUACGACGGUGAUAGUGGCAACAAUGGUUAUAUAAACCAUAUGAUGGCUACCACCACCAAUGGUUCAUCACAAGAUGGAUUAUGUGAUCAAAACCAUGGAGUUAGCAAUGGAAAUUUAUAUUAUCAUCAUGAAGGAUCGACUUAUAGCAAUUGGGUGCCGACCGCCAUACCAACCCUAGCGGCCCGGACCGCCAACCUGGUGGUGGCUCACGGCGACGCUCCUACUUUCACGAUGUGGAAUGAUACAUAGUGAGGAUCUUGGAUAGGUUGAAUACAAUGAAUACAUUUUGAGGGUUUUUAGGUAGAUUUUUUUGCAAUUUUGUGUUCUUAUGAACUAGAAAAGAGAAGGGUUUCAUUUUCUUUUGCUUAAUUUUCCAUUAUAAAUGGAUUUAGAUUAGGAUCUAACCAAAGUUUCAAGAAACCAAUAGAGUAUGUUCUAUGGUUUUGGGAA